UUAAUUUAUUUAUUUGCUUUGUUUGCUUGUUUUCCUUUUUUUGAUUUGGUGUAUAGUUUUCUGGUCGUCUUUUAUUACUUAAAUACUUCACAACUCAGUAUUUUUAUUUAGGUUUCAAUAUACAUCAGUUACCAUACAACCCCCGGACCCAGGUAGAUCAAUUAGUGUAUAACUUAGGUCUUCAGGCACCCUUACCGGUAGUGCGCAUACUCGGACUAUUUUUAGCCGACUGCAAUAUUGAUUCGCGAUGAUUCCUAGUGAAAUAUACGCAGAAGACUUGAUGAGCACAGUGAUUCGGUACGGGUUGUAUAUCGGUGCUGCGUUUCAACUGGUGUGCUUGCUGGCUUGUGUCACCCUAACUGACGAGCAGAGCGAAUCCCAUCCUUACGAGAAGGCUUACACAGAUAGCGAUGAAGGGAGUUCUGAACAAUCUUCACCAGGGCAUCGACCAUCAAUACCCAAAGUUCUCACCCGACGACAUGAUAAAAAGAAAAGACGUUAGCUGAGAUGGCCAGCUUUGCGGCGCUCUCUCCCGACUUCCAUCACACGUGGUGGAUCUCGAACCAUUUUUCGAAGAAUGAUCAUGUAACGAUGUAACACCCUCAACGCCCAGCUGUACUUGCAACAUUCCUUAUUUUAAUUUGAAGAAAUCAAUUUAAGACUUAAUUUAUGCUAAAUUAGAUGUUGGAAUCCUCUGAAAGAUGCACAACAUUGGUUAUUUAAUAUUGAAUGACUUUUGUAACUUUAUGUAGUAUUACAUGAUACAGAGGUUUUAAUGCAGUAUAGCCCUGACUUGGAUCACACAAUAGAUAUGCAUAGGAUUGAUCUGAAUAUUCAUAUUAUAAUAGGAAAAUGUGAUGACAAAUUCAAUGUUUCACAGAAACAUGCUGUUGUCUUUGAUUUUUACAGGUGCGGCUUUAAUGAUGUGCCUACACUGGGCAAUACUUCUAAAGGCCUGGAAAUUCUAAUAGUUACUAUUUUAAAUACAUCUGAAAAAAUAUUUUUUUUAAUAUCCCAGUAUAAAAUCAAAUGUCUUGUUAAAACCUAAGUACCUACCUAAAACUUAAUAUCCUUUCUCAGAAUGUCCUUUCUCAGAAUAUCCUUUUAAUAAAAAAAAAACUGUUUUAAUCAGUUGCUUAUCUAAAUUAUCAUCAGAAACACACACACAAGGACAUUAUGAGUAAAAAGAACAUUUCGAGAAAAGGACAUUGGGACAAAAGGACAUUUUGCGCUAAGACGAAACCAAGAUAAUAUGGACUUAACAUUAGAUUCUGGACAACCUCUUAAACCUUUAGGCAUAUUCAAGGAUACAUUUAUUUGGGGCUAUAUCAUACAUAUGUUUUACUAGCUGUGCACCCCGGGCUUAUCUCCCAUGGGAAUUUCUAUAUAUAAAGCUGCUAUUCUACCCGUGUUUCAAAUUCAUUACAAUCGGUCCAGUAGAUUUUGCGUGAAAGAGUCACUAACAUACAUACACACAUCCUCACAAACUUUCGCAUUUAUAAUAUUGGUAGGAUAUGUAUUCAUGUAUGCCCUAAAUAAAAGAAAUGUUUCAUCAGUAUUUUGAUAAUAUUGUAUUUAAGUUUUGAAUCUCACUUUUAGUUUACUAAACUAGAAUAAGGUACAGUUGGGUAAAAAUAUUCCAUUUUGUUUAUUUGAUUCCUGUCACCUUGUGACUACGUUUGAGACUGUCCCUAAAUAAGUUUAGGUUAAAAUUAUCUUAUAUCCUUAUAAAAGAAUUUACCUUAAGCCCUUAGAAAUAUUUUUGUUACAAGCGUUUUUUUCUGAGAACCCAUAAAUAACUGGAUAUUUUUAAAAUUUUCAUUUUUAAAUAUAAUUUAAAAUUGUAUUGAUGUGAAAAAUGUUAUUGAUUAUAUUCACCGUCAAAUUCGUACACAAUAGACCUGUAUGCUAUAAAGAGAGAAGACCCAGCUGGUUGGCCUUAUUGGCCAAACCGUAGUACCAACCAUACACAGAAAAUAUCUCUUCUCAAGUUAUUAUAUUGUGUACGAAAUUGAUACCACAAAAUAAUCCCUCGGCUGUUUUGUCUAGUGUGAAUUAAAAACAGGCACAGUUCGUUUGGAUUAACUUUAUAGUAUAUUACUAAAUAACAUGAACAAUAUUAAAAACCAAAUAACUCCAUAAAAAUACAUUGAAGCCAAUAUUUAAAAUAUUACAUUAUUAAUACACUUAGUUCGCCGCGAACUUAGAACUGGUAAACGCAAUCAUUUUACAUAUAUACAUACAUACAGAAAAUGUAUUCUUGCCCCAAGUUGAUUUGUAUUCCUCGCUCGCUUCGCUCGCUCGGUCAAUAUUUGUCAGUAUUGAAUCGCUUAUGAGAUUUCAACAUGAUAAAACAAUGUAGAAAAAACGGUAUUAAUAAGCAAACAGUUAAGAGGGCUGCAGGCCAUAAUUCAAAAGAGCAAGACAGUUCACCUGUAACUUUAUAAUGGUACAGUCAACAGCACACCAACCUACCCAAAUUCAUUGCAAACUCGCCGCUAUUUCCGCGCCAUAGAGGUCCAUGCAGUGUAACUUAAUGUGCUGUUGACUGUACCUACCGACAUGAAUACCUUACUAUUUUAAAAAAAUGAUAAAACAGCAUCGGGAUUAUUUUGAUUUGAUGUUUAAUGUAGAAUCAGUAAUUAUCGUCACAUUUAAUAUCAGUGUUGGACAAAAUUAUGAUUUCAAUAUAAUUUUUUUAUGAAUUUAGAUGUUAUUUUAAAAUCUGUCGAUGUCAGUUAUUGAAAUUUAAUUGUUAAUUGUGUACCUACUCUCAUAAUGAGCUAUUGAUUUUUAUAUAUUUUGAUUAUGUAUGUUCCUCUAAAUAUAAUAAAAACUAACAUUUACAACAUUAAUUGAUCGUCAUUAAAACAUUACUAAGUAGGGUCGAAUCGAAUUCUGGACUGAAAGACUGGGAACUGAAGACAUAACAAUAAGGUAGUAAGACUAAUGUUACUUCUGUAUUGCCGGAUAUAAUUAUUCUUAGGUGUUUGUCGUCGUUUAGUUUAUUUUUAUUAUAAUUCAGUAUUUACAACAAAAAAUAUAAGGCUUAUUAUAGUUUUUAAUUCAAUUAAUCAAUAUUUAAAUUAAUUUAUUGUAUUUAUAAUUUUAAUACUCAAUUAAAUAAGUCCAACACUGAUUAAUACACGUAUAUUUUAAUAUCGAUGUGGAAAAUUAAAUAUUAUUCAGUGUCUGUAAUAAAUUCAUAAUUAUAUGCACAUAAAAGCCAUUUUGUUGAGUACCAUUUGAUCUUUAUUUUCACCAAUAUUCAGGCCGAAAUUAAAACAAUUAUAAAAACUCAGAUGCUUUUUUAGAAUUAAACAUAGCGAUAUAAAAAUUAAAAAGAAAUGAAAUCUGGUUUACUUUUGUAUAUUUCUGAAAAUAUAUAGGCACUGAUGUUAUUUAGAUAAGUACGCUAAAAAUAUUUUUAAAUAUGUAACAACAAAGUGGCUUUUAUUUUGAACUUGGUGUUAUACAGUCAAUCCAUACUAGUGUAAUAAACUGAAUUUACAUAUAUUAUAUUACCGAUAUGUGUAAUAAUUCAACUAAGCAUCUGAAGUACUCGGUAAAAUGUCGAAAGGUUAGGUUGGAUACGAAUAGGAUUUCUGGAAACUUUAAUACGAUGUGUAUUUUUUUUUUGUGUAUGAUAUUAAGUUUAAUUACUUUUUCUUAUUUUUUUUUUAACUACUACAUUUAGGAGUAUCCAAGAAAACCUCAGAUUAAUUUAAAAAUAAUAUAUAGCUAAUUUUAAGAUUGUAAAAAUUUGUAAGUCUGGCCUCCAAAAUCAUUUAGAUAAGUCAGUGAAAUUAUUAUUAAGAGUAAAGCUCUCAAUGCAGUCAUGUUUGCGUAAUUUGUAAGUUAUUACUUAUUUUUAUAUUAGUUAAAAUUUUAUUUACGUGAAAAGGCGUGCUUUGACUUUCGCCCUCUGUUAAUUUUAUAAAACUACCCUGCUAUAUGAGACAUCUAAAUGAAAAUGUAAUGUUUUCACCAGCUACAAAUCAGUUUAGGUAUUUUCAAUUUUUUUUAAUACUAACGAAAUAGCAGCUAAAUUAAAACACAAACUCGUAAAUAAUUGUAAUGUUACCGUACUCCAUCAUGUGAAAACACUAAAGGAAAUUGACAACCUUUCUAAUUGAAACACUAAUUUUAUUUAAUAAAUUUUUCGCAUAUGCACGUCAAGCAAGGCCAUUCGAUUGCGUGAUGUUUAGAAUUAAAAAUUAAAAUAUUAAUUUAAAUUGUACAUUAGUAUUAACUACUUUAAUAUAAUAUUAAUAUCUAUAGUUGAUACUAUAACUAUUUAUAUAUUUAUUACUUAGCUGAUAGAAAGUAUUUAAGACGGCGCUUUUAUAAUUUUUAUUUCGUAAGUUAAAUGUGAUAUACCAAAUAUCGGUUAAAUAUCUUUUGCAGGUAACAUUAAUUUAGAUUUGAAAUGUUAAGAAUUAUUACAUUGUUAUGUUAGUACUUAUGUCGUAUGUUCCGUUCCAAUCUUGCAAAAACUGUUAAUUAUACACAGUUAAAGGCGCUUAUUUUUUUAUGUAAUUAUAUUUUUUUUAUCUUAUAUAAUUUUUAUGGUGCUUAAAUUUUAAUAACAAAUUUGUGUCACAUUAAAAGAAUAUCCCAAAAAUGCAAUAUUUCUAAAAAAAUCGUGCAUGAAGAUUAUAAAAGCGUCUUUUAUAUACAUAACAUGCUAAGUAAACGUUAUAAACUAAGCGUGUUUUACGCCUUAAGCUACGAAUUUGAUCCACGAUUUCAGGACCUCCCUAAAUCGUGGAAUAAAUUCGUUAAGCUACGAGCUACACUAAAAGCAGAUAAGGCAUAAAACAUGCUUAGUUUAUAAAUAUAAUUAGUAAUAUAUCCUUGAUUAUGAAUCUCUUGAGGUCUUAACGAUUUUAGUUACCAUGUAAUUUUGUGUGGAUAUCAUUGUUAGAUGGUUUCAACGGUCUACUGCUGAGAAGACUUAUUUUUAGCUAAAUAUGUUGAGGCAAAAGCAAAUUGGUCCGCUGUGUGACGACUGUGACGAGUGGUCAACCUGUCUCGCUCACACACUUUACACACGCAAAAGAUAGGCCACCGCAAAUACUAUUCCCGUGGUGGAUGUCCUUCAGUCACCUAACAAACGCUACAAUCAAAUUGAAACUAUCACGCGUGGCAUAUUUUAGAAUGUUCUCUUUUUAACAAGAUAUUAUUUAAAGCAAAAUUCCUGACGAAAAACUACUUAUGUACAUGCUAAAGUGUAUUUUUAAUUUAAUACUAAAGUGUAUUUUUAAUUUAAUACUAAAAGGUAUUUUUUAAAACUACAUUAUAUUUAAUUUUUUAUGUACUUACAUAUAAGUUUUUAGUAUCAGUCAUCUAGGAGAUUUAUAAUCAAGCUGCAUAGAUUAAGUAUAAUAAUAUACUAUUACAAUAAUAUAGUAUUACAAUUAAAAUGUCGAAAAUAAAUAUUAGAUUGUAGAAGUCCCAAAGAGGCCCAAUGCCAUGGCGGCCUAUUCGAAUUAGGUUAUGUUAAGGGGCGUCCUAUGUGAGGAAUUUAGAAGGUCGAGACAAAUAGGAGUAGUAAGUAAUAUUAAAAUUUCCUCAUUAUUAUUCUAUAAUUUUUUACAAGCCUAAAAUAUGUUUUAAUACAUCCAAACCAUUUUAUUAAAAAUAUAUAGUGUGUACAUAAAAAUCUGAAACAAUGUGGUGGAGAAAGGGACUAUUGAAAAAUUCGCCAAAAUCACCUCAAAUAGUUAUGGAAGUUUUCUUAAAAAUACGUCUAAUUAUUCAAAUAAUUUUGAACGAGCCCCUUUCAUCGUUGGCUAGGAACAUUUUGGCUACUCAUGUUGUCUCUAUCUAAUCAUAAGUAUUAAUAGAGAGGUACUACGGAGCUUAAAAUUAUUUUGAAUAAGGAGGCGAUAUCAUAUGGUCGAUUUUUGACUGAUGGGAUAUUUAGUUUAAGUUAAUUUUCAUUGGAAAUUAUUGCUUUUUCUUAAUUUUGUAAAUUCAAAAUAAAAAAGAAAAGAUCUUCAUACAGACAAACUUGGAAAUUAUAAAUUAAAGUAGGUACUUUAUCAAAACAAAAUGAGUUUAUAUUGACAUUUAAAUAUUCGUUCUAUUCUAUUCCGGAGUUUUAUAUUACUAUUUAAUAUUCGUUACAUUUCAAUAUUAGUUCUCUUUCACGUCUCAACAAAGAUCAGUCACGUAAAGUCAGCCUAUGAUUAUUGCUAAUUAUAAUGUAAUAAAAUUAUAUUAUUUAAAAAAAUAGUAGUAAGUUGUAUAUAUAUAUAUAUAUAUAUACCUAAUGCCAUGGCGUAAUCAAGUCGACCGAUUUUAACAUGAACGUAACCGUUUGUUGAUGUCGUAUGAAUACGCCUCAAACGGUAUAAGUUACUUAUAUGUUACAAUAUUUUAGAUAUAUACUUUAGAAUAUUAAAUUUAGUAAUAUCAGAUUUUUAGUAAUUGUGUUUAGAGUUAAUUUAUUUCUGUCUAUCGAAAAAAUCGUUAAUUUUAUUAUUAACUAUAUUUUUAUUUUACAAUGAGUUUAUUGACAAAUAAUUUUAUGCGCGCCCCGGGGCUUCGCUCCCGUGGGAAUUUCGAGAUAAAAAGUAGUCAUGUGUUAUAUCAGGUUAUAUUCUACCCGUGUAUCAAAUUUCAUAACAAUCGGUCCAGUAGAUAGCAGAGCGAAAGAGCGAUGCGUAGUCGUGUCAGCCUGUCUCAAUCACAGGUAUCAUAAGUGAUAAUUGUCAAUACGAAACUCAAUACUUUCAUGACGUUGAUUUCGCCGAACAUGUCCCGUGUAAAUAUCAAGUUCAUCAUGAAAUUCGCAUUAGAUUUCAUUGUAAAACUUGUUUAUAUGUGAAUUUGUCGAAAUUCGACAGUCGCGAAACUAUAUUCUUGGAUUGGUUUCGUAAUUACAAUUAGGCUCUUAACUAUAUGAUGGGUGUGUAACUGAGACAGGCUAAACAUUGACGUCACGCAGCGUAUCGAACACAGAACUUUCAUCUUUGGGAGCGAACGUCUGAAAUACGAUGUUCAUGUAACGUUACGGAUUAGUCAGAACGUGAAAUAUUACGAAACUUCAUAAAAUUUGUAUAUAUUUACAUUAAAUUACGUAUGGUUUUAUAUUUUUAAUAAUUUAUUUAUUCAUUUUUAAUCGCUAUUAAGUAAUUAAGGUGAUAGUUGUACUGGGUAUGUCGUUAAUUGUAAUUGUUACCUUACAAUUCACGAUUCUGGGGCCCAAUUCUCACGUAAUUGAAGUUCAAUUCACUAAUUUUAUUCGAACUUUUUACAAUCAGCCCCCAUUGCUCUGCAAAAAUUGAAAUUUAUAAAAUGACAAUUGGAAAAACCGUGUCGCCUGUGUCGCUUAAUAUCAAUGUCCGACAGCAUAUACUGAGGAAAUAAUUGCUUUGUUUUUCAAAGUGUUGUAAACUAAAGUUUUCAUUGUACAAUAUUUGCAGUUUUGAAUGAAACUGUGCUUAAUCUCAAAAACUACGCAAAAAUUGACUGCCUCGCUCUAACCAAUUUUAGGAUGCUAUUUUUGAAGACUCAUGUAAUAGACCCGUAGACUAGAUUAUCUACAAACUGUAUAAACUCAAGCUUUUAGAUUUUUUUUAUAUACUUUUUACUUGGUUAUAAACUCUCCUUUAUUACUUUUACAACCCUAAUUAACAUAAUAAAAGUUAAGCAAAAAAUGCGAAACAGUUUAACGCAUAUGCAAUUUUAUCUAAUAAUUACUCAUCAUUAUAUACUUAAUUGAGCGAGGCUCCUUUGCGGUGGAGUUCCUUCCAUGGUUCCCUCUAUAGGACAUUCGUGACUCCCACUUUUCUUUUAUUUACUUAGUGCAACUUUCUCUUGGUCUUCCUGGCCCCCUUCUUCCGUCUAUCUUUCCUUUUAUAAAAGACCAUCUAAAGAAGACAGCAACAUUUCGUCUCCUCUAUUUUCAACAUGUCUAAGAAUGUUACUUUUUUCUCGUAUAAGUUAACAAUUACCAGUAAUGGCAUAUCUGUAAAUUUAGGUAGGUUAGAUUUUAGAGCGAGAUGACAUAACCAGAAAAACGUAACCGUCUGCAGAUGCCGCACACACAGCCUCAGACGGUAUAAGUUUAAUUUUAAUACAUUUACCAUACUAAAGAAUAUAUUUUUGUAUGUAGGUAAGCUAGUGUUGUAUUAAAUAAUUUUAACAUUUUGACGUCGAUGAAUCAUGAAACAGUAACCGUCCGUAGAUGUCGUAAAAAUACGCCUCGGACGGUAUAAGUUUAGAUGUAGGUGCGUGUUUCUCAGAGUGUUCCGACCGCUGCGGCCGCGCUGUCAUUAAAAUCCGUAAAUUUUCUUGAGGAAGGGAUCAUUUUCAAAAUCAAUCGUUCAUUAAAUUGACAUUGCUACAGUACAGAUUAAUUAUUUUAAAGUCAGAAAUUAAAACAAAUUCUCGUCUUUGUUAAAAUUAAAAAAAAAAUGUAAUGACAGCGCGGGCGCAGCGGUCGAAACGCUCUGAGAAACACCCAGGUACCGAUUCGUCAAGUGACAAUUGGUCAAGUGUAUUCUAAACGCUAAAUUUUUUACUUAUUUGUCAAUCUGUGAAAUAUUUUUGACAGCUCGUCAUGUGAAUCAUUUGUAGCUUUUGGUUAAGUCCAAUUAUGCGUCUGUUCAUCAUGUUGAAUAUUCCUAACUCGUUUAGCGUCCACUGGUCAAGCAGUUGAAUCGUGUCGAUUAGGCAAGUCUUCGAAAAUUAAUAACUCGUCAAACGGUUAAAAAACGCUUGAUCAACUGUCAUUUGAUGACUUGGUAUCUACAUUGUUUAAGUAGUAGCCAAGAGUUAGAAUAAAUAACAUAAGAGAAAAAAUAUUUUUGUAUGUAGUCUUGAGAAAAGUAUAAAGUAAUGUUUUAAGAUUAUUAUAAUUUGACGGCAAAUGAGCAUAAUAAGUAACCGUCUGCAGAUGUCGUACUCAUACGCCUCAGACGGUAUAAGUUAGAAUAGGCUACCUAUUAAGUAAAAUAAAUAUAUUAGAAUAAGUUUAGUAAGUUAAGGAUAAGUUUAAUCAUAAAAAACAAGUUUACAUGAUGGACACAUUACGUAACCGUUUCGCAGAUGUCGUAUGAAUACGCCUCGAGCGGUAUAAGGUAGCUAUAGUGAUAUCAUAAGUCUAUAUAUAAAAUAAAACAUGUUAAACAUUGUUUCAUUAUGUAAAUAAUUAUUUUUAGGCAAUUAAUAUUUUAUAAUUAUGGUUUAUUUACUUUUUUUAAAGUUCAGUAUGAAGCUCUUAUGUAAUGUUAUCUUUAUUUUAACGUUUUUUAAUUUCUUACCAUUUUAACAUUAUGAGCAAAUUACGGCUGUAUUUCGAAUUAUUAUAGUGUGCCCUGUGUUUCGUUAUUCAAAAUAAGUCUACAAUUAUUCUCAUUUAAUUGUAAUCUACAACCAUUUUGAGACGAGUACAUUACAUUACAUUUUAUUCAUAUUUUACAUUUAUGUUGUUAUUUUUGUAAUUUACUACUUUUUGUUACCUACUUAUAAGUACUUAAUUAGGAUACUUAAUAAAGAUGACUAUUGUACAUAAAUAUUAUUACUAUUUGAAAAUUAGCAAAACGUAACCGUCAGUAGAUGUCGUUAGAAUUACGCCUCAGACGGUAUAAGUUAGGUAUAAGUUAGAAUAGACUCGAGAGGGUUCCAUAUUUUUUCGUUGAGAAUUGAAGGUCCAAUGUUUCUUCUUUCGAAUGAUAAGUCCAUCGAAUCGAUCAUUAUAUUUUUCUUUCCAUUUUUUUGUUUAUAAAAUCCUAUAUCAACCGUAGCGUAGCCACAUGAAAUACUACUGUCUUCUUGCUCCGCGAGUAUUACUCAUACACUUUUCUCUUUCUUAUACCUAUUAACGAGAUGGAAGGUCUAUAGUCUCUAUACCUAUGUCUAUAGUCUCUGUCUAUGUAUUGUCAUAUCUUCCAUUUCGUUCAUACAAGAAAAAUAAACGCGUAUUAGAAAAACGCGAUUUGUUGCGCCUUGGUUUUUUUCAGUUUUCUGUAUCUAUGAAAAAAAAAAGCAAAGUGAAUUUUAAACAAUUUCGAUGAAAUAUUUACAUCAA